AAUUUUUCAGCUUCCUUUCCCCUCUCAAAAUAAAACAAGAAGUACAGGGUCCCUAAUGGGGUCUCUUCAUAUAUUUAUACCACUGUUUUGUGCAGCAACCGACACACCCGUAUCGACUAGUUGGGGAGUAGCUGCGUCAUGAAUGAAUGACCUGUGGCGAGAGCGCGAUUUUGCGCCGUCACAGGCUGCGGGUCGUCAGCUACCAGGUCAACUGUUUCCGCCCUCGAGGUGCUCGUCGGUUUCUCUUUAUCCGCUCUUUCUCCUGCUUCGCUCGUCCCCUUCUCAUUUACGGAAAUGGCUGCCGUAUCUUUCUCGCGAGAUCAUGGAAAAAGCCGAAGUCGCCACGCGGUGCAACUGGCUGCAGAAGGCAGGUCCCUCUUCAGUUCAAGAUAGCGUCGUUGUUCGAUUUUCCGAUUCGUCUUUGUACCUGCAUUUGACCACUGGACAUGCACGCUUGCUGCAUUUUCUUGUUUCAUCAUUCUGAUCUGAUAACUGGUAUAUCAACCCGUAUCUCGGUCUCUCGGCCGAUGUUAGUCGUGCGGUUCAGUUGUGGCGCGUCACGCUUUUGACUCAGUACAAGAGCUAAACCCCAGACUGCGAACUUUUCUCGAGAUGGCGGGUCCACGGCAGUCUCUUUCGAGCAGCAAGCCUGCGGCUAAGAAACGCAUGACGAAGAGCUAUGUGAUGACGGAAGUUUUUCCCGAGGUGGUGCAACUUUCUCGGCUGCAGCUCGACCAAGCGUGUGCCGUCUGUCUCGGGGAAUUCCAAGAGGACAAUUGCGCGGAAGAGGACGAGACUAGCCCCGGCACCACUGCUGCGAAACCUUCUACUCACGUGAUCGACAUUUCGGAGAGUCCUGCCGUAUCUGUCGAUCCUUCUCCCCCAGCAGCUUCCUCAUCCUCGCCACCGUAUGUUCGGAGACGACGUUUAUCUCGGAUGAAACCUUCUGCCCUUUCUUCGCGCGACUCACCGGCAUCUUCCAGGCAGUCGCUUCUCCCUCUCGGCUUGAUCUCCUGCUGCUCGCACGUGUUUCACCAUGUCUGCAUCGAAAAAUGGUGCACCAGGGAGAAUUCUUGUCCCCAGUGCAAAUGCAGGUUCUCCUGGUUGGCCUCCUACUCUCGUACGGGAGAGCGGGAGGCUGUCACGCGAGUUCGGAAACUGGAUCAAGUGGCUGCGUAUACCGAGCACGACACUAUGGCUGCCUCGCAUUUUUUGGGAACCCUGCACCGAGACUGGAUGUGCCCUGCAUGUGGCCAGACCGUACGCCAAGACGAUCGCGACUUCCUCGUGUGUGAGGAGCAGUCUUGCGGUGAGCGCUAUCACCGCGCGUGUUGCCUGUUGUCUCCGGAGCACGCGGACAUAAGCCUUCCCUGGAUCUGUGUCGACUGUCGGGAGUCCGGGCGCCCCUGCAUAGACUGUGAAGGCAGGCGAAUGCCCCGCCAGUACAUCACGGAGGACGGCUUUUUUCUGGCGCACAGACGGAGACAGCCACGCAGACAAGGAAGGCAGGGCGGUUCUGUGGCAAGCCGCCGAGACCGUCGAAGUCGCUCCGCCGCCAGGCGGUCCCGUGUCCUCAGGGACCAUGGUGACAGCGAGUUCUUAGACGACCUAGAGGCCACGAAUACGCUAGCGCGAGAAGAACCGCAGAGCUCGCAAGCGCGUCGUGAUGAGAAUCCCGCCGACAGCUCAGCGGCCGCAGCGCCCAAUUCUCCAUGCCAAGAACCGCAGUCAGAAACGAACAGCAGAGAUGCGUCUGUCGUGACGGCAGAGGAACUGAGAGGAGCUGGCCAGGAGCAAGACGUCAGCAGGUCUAAUCGGAAGACAUAUUGCGAAGGGGAACUAGUUCGAGGGAGCCAAAGGGCUCAAACUUCAGAUACUAACGUUACGUCGGUCCACUGGCUCGAAGACAUUCUUAACUGGGGCGAUGCUGUGGUAGGCGGUCAAAAACGGGGAUCGAGUUGUUCUUUUCCCUCGUCGUUUUCCUCAUCGUCUUCCUUUUCGUUGCCGCUUCCCUCCUCGUCCUCGUCGUCUUCAGCUUCGUCGCCGUUUUCUUCCUCGGCUUCCUCCGCCUCGUCUUCGUCUUCUUCCGUCUCCCCUCUUCCGUCUUCUUCGUCUUUCUCGCAUGACUCUGGUGGCACCGCAUCGUCGUCGUCAUCAGCUUCCGCUUCCUGUCCCUCGGCUGCCCAAGGCGAGUCUUUCGAGCCGCGGAGAUCUUUCAUGCUGGAGCAGCACUUGACGAGGCUUGCAGCACUGGCCUCGGAGUACUCCGUGUCUCAACUCUCCAGAGGUAAUUCACAAAAUACGGCGAGUAAACCAGCUGCCUCGACAGCAACUUCGCCAAACGAGGCGAAUGACGACGAAGCAGUAGGGAGCGAGUCUGUGUCUGACAAAAACGGUGAAACAGGGCCUGUGGAAGAGGGUUCUGGCCUGCCUCGCCGGCUUGAGCCCCGCAGGCGUAUUCCCAUCAACACGGAAAUGCUGUCUUCAGGAGCAUUUCGACCUAGACGUCAGCUAGAGUUCCCGGGACCGUCGUCCGUUCUGCUUGCGCGACGAAAGCAGUUCGAUUCGAAGACUGAACGGCGUCGUGGCGUGGCACGAAACAGUUUUUUCUCGACCACACGAGACACUUCGGCAGGCUCCAUUUCCUUUGAUCCACGACGCCCCUCAAAUUCUACCCAUGUCUCAGAAAGCAUCCAAUCAGGAGCCGUUAUUGAGAAAAUGGUGCAGCCAGAGUCACGGACUCCAGCGAACUCCGGUCAGGUGUCGGCAGCUAGACUCUGUUUCAUGGAUACGGUUUUUGGUCUCAGUGGCGGAGCAUGUGGCAUUUCUAGGUCACCUCCAUUAUCAGCGGCUCCCGGCGUUCACAUCGCUGGGCCUGGCGUUUGUCCCUCCUCUUCGAGUGCAUCUUGCAGUGGUUCUUCACCGAUCUCUUCUUCGACUGCGACCAGGUCGUUUGUUUCGAUUUACGUGAGGAACGCACAUGCAUCGCGGGUGCCGCCUCCAUGUGUCGGCAUCACGGAAGUGGGGUGCAAAAGCGCUGCAGCUGCCGUCAGAAGGGACGACGCAUUCGCGUCUGCUCGUCAAACAGGCCCGAACUACUUCGAAGGCGUUUUAAUUCGCAAACAGAAGCGGCACGCAGCGGACGUCGCCUGUUGGAAUUCAGGAAAGGGGCAAGCACUCGCUUCUGCUACAGAAGAAGACAAAGACAGUGAUUUCUCUCAUGCAAGUCGUCUCAGUGCCAACAGAGAGGAACAUUCUGUCCAGGACUCGCGUCCGAGGCGCCAUGUAGAUACCGACGCGUGUGUCUACAACAGUGUUGCUGCCGGCGUCGACUGUCCAGGAGUCAUACGCUGGGAGAGACUACCAGCGAAGUUGUCCAAGCCCGUAUUGCUUUCUGAGGGAGAGGCUGCACCGGCUGCUGCCACACGUGGGCGAGGUGAAAGACAGCGGAAGCGAGCCCGUGAAGAUAGAGAAGCGCUCGAGGACAGUGCAAGCGGCCACGAGCACUUUGGCGGCAUUCCUGCACAGCGUGGGCGGAAAACGAUUCGGCCGUCGUCCGAGCUAAUUAACAUCGUGAGACACAUUUUGAAGCCUCAGCUACAAGCUCUGAGCUGGUCAUGUUAUGAGGCUUUCCGACUGGAAUUCAAGGCAAGGUGUCGGAAGAUCUGUCACGAGCUCACCGAUAAGUUUGCGUCCAGUAUGCCAGCAGGCGGCACACAUGCAGCUCGCAACUACUGGAAAGAGCGCGAGCAUAUCAUUCGGGACGUUGUUUCCAAAACAUUCGCCCGUUGUGCUGUCGGGGACAGUAGGGCGUCAAGCCGAGAGGUGGUCUAGAACGUGCAAGAAUCGAUGUUGAUCUGGCGUAGUCACAAUAUUGCUGCAUCUGUUAGUCCGUCUUUUCUGUGCCUGGGGGGCUGACGUGAUUCUCUGUUACCAGUGACCAAAUUGGCAACUUCAUUUGAAUCAUCGUGCCCGCCAGUGGUUACCUUGUUGCCAGUGUUGUGUGGAAGAAUACUGUUAACACUGGUAUGUAUUGGUGUGUCAGGGAUCAGGUGGAUCGAAGUCUUUUUCGUUUUUUCCGUGUGAGAAAAGUUUCUGCCUGUUUUUUAGAAGAGGCGAAAAGAGCAUUCGAAGGAACAAAUUUCCAGAACGAAGGUCAUGAAUAUCAUAAUCUAACGAGCCGCUCUGCGCAACUUGGAU